GGCAUCAGUAAAGAUCGAGAAAGAGACCAUGAGCUGUUCAUAUUUCCUGUUUUUGGGUCUUCUGUUCGCCGUACUGAACAAUGCUGCUGGAAAAGAAUGUCCUCCAGGAUUUGAGGUUAACCAUGAAGACUGUGUAGAUGAGAAUGAGUGUGACUAUGCACCUCCAAUAUGUGAUGAGAAUGCAAUUUGCUCCAACACAAAUGGCAGCUACUACUGUCAGUGUGCAAUGGGGUACCAGAUAAACUCACGCAAAGUUAAAUUCACUGCGGAUGAAAGUGUAACCUGCAGAGACAUUAAUGAAUGUAGAGAGAAUAAAACCAUCUGUGGCUCGAAUGCUGACUGCAGUAACAUCGCUGGUUCCUAUUACUGCACGUGUCAUUCUGGGUUUGUGGCCAGCAACGGAAAGGAGCAGUUUAAUGCAAGCCAGAGUGUUACAUGCAAAGACACCGAUGAGUGCGAGAACAACAACAUCUGUGGUGUUAAUGCUCAGUGCACCAACACCUUUGGCUCAUAUUACUGCAUGUGUAAUCCAGGUUUUGUGAACAGCAAAGGAUGGGAAAAAUUUAAUGCAAGCCAUGAACUUACAUGCAAUGACAUUAAUGAAUGUAGAGAGAACAAAACCAUCUGUGGCUCAAAUGCUGACUGCAGUAACAUCGCUGGUUCCUAUUACUGCACAUGUCAUUCUGGGUUUGUAGCCAGCAACGGACAGGAGCAGUUUAAUGCAAGCCAGAGUGUUACAUGCAAAGACCGAGGCGGCAGGUGCCUCAGCACUAGCCCUGCACGACUACUGCGGCAACGUGACUGCACCUGUGGAAGACAUGGAGUCUGCAGCCACGAAGAACUCCCGUCCUUUACCCGAGACAACAACCAAGCCUGCAGUUGACGCGAAGAAAAUGAAAAUACGUGAGUCCACAGUUGAUACUGAAACCGAGGUAUCCAAUGCUACCAUACUGGCUGCAGUAAACAACCUCUAUGCCAUGCUAAAAGAAAUGAACUUGCAACUGAAAGAAAACACCACAAUGAUAUCAGAAGUAACUAAAAGUGUUGAAUUUAAUGCUAAAGAAAUCGAAAUAUGCAAAGCAGAAAACGUUGCUGUUCAAAAACAGAUUACAAAUUUGGCAAAAGAAAACGCCGACCUCCGAGAGAGGGUUUUGGAGUUGGCACAUUAUAAGUGUCGUUGGAAUCUGAAACUACGCGGGCUAAAGGAAAAGGACAACGAAGACACUCGUGAACAGGUGUCCCACAUCAUCAUGCAGAUCAUUCCAAAAUGGAAGGAAAAAAUCAACUGUGUCAUCGACUCGGUGCACCGCUUGGGCCAAAAGCAGAACAAAAACAGGCACAUCAUACAAUUCACAAUGCGACACUUCAGGGAUGAGCUGUGGCACCUCUCAAAAGGCUCUGCAGUGUGCUCGAAGCUCAGCAUCGCGUUCGCUGAACACCUUCUCCCGGAGGACAAGGAGGCGAGAGAGGCUGUGUGGCCAAAGAUCAAGGCAGCAAGAGAAGCUGGUCAGCGAGCCUACUACAAAGGUCCGAUUGGCUACCUAAACGGGAGUGCCAUUGAGGUCACCGAAGUUGGUAACGUAUAGAGGGACAUGUUUAAAUUGACCACUUGUAAGGGGUUCAGUUCAUUUUUGCCUAGGAACCUACAGGCGAGGUUUAUUCCUGUUACUCCCUGAAAUUUUCUUCAAAGUUCAGAGUUUCACUCUCUCUCUUUAGUACUGUUCUGUUCUUUUUUUUCCGUCCAAUUAAUGUUUUCUAUCAAAGAAGAUCAAGUUAAUUUCUUUUAAUGCAAGGGGACUAAGAGACAGUGUCAAAAGAAAAGCUGUCUUUCUUUUUUGUAAAAAUAAGAAAUCACACAUUGUUUUACUACAAGAGACUCACUCUAUAAAGACUGAUGAAAAAUUCUGGUCCAACCAAUGGGGAGAUAAAAUAAUUUUUGGACAUGGUACCAAUCGCUCUGCUGGUACAGCUAUCCUCCUGCACAACUUCCCUGGGAAAAUUCUCACCACCAGAAAAGGCUCAGAUGGACACUGGAUCUUUUGUGUUUUGUCUAUCGAACAUUCCUUUAUUAUUUUGGGAAACAUCUAUGGUCACAACAACUUAACACAAAACAAGGAACUACUCUCUGAUAUCAACGAUAUUAAGGAACUGAAACUUACUUACCCAACAGACAAUGUACUGCUGGGGGGGUGACUAACAUGGUAUGUAAUGAAUGGUUAGAUCGCUGUCCCACCAAAUUUGUUAACCACCAUUAUAAUCCUCAGCUGUAUAAUUUCUGCAACCUUCACAAUUUGAUCGAUCCUUGGCGUAUCUCUAAGAUCAAAAAGACUUUUCUUGGUUUAAGCCAGACGGGUCAAGCAGAUCCAGAAUUGAUUUCUGGCUCAUCUCUGACUGCUUAAAAGAUCUUGUUAGUGAUUGCUCAAUCUCUGCUGCUCCUCUAUCAGACCAUUGUCUCAUAAGUUUACUAUUGAAACCUUCCAACACUGCCAAACGCAAUAGGGGUUACUGGAAAUUCAAUGCUGAUCUUUUGAAUUCUGAAGUAUUUUGCACGGGGAUAAGGAGUAUUAUCAAAGACAUCUCUGAGGAUGAUAGCUUUUCUUUUACAUCAAAAUGGGAAUAUAUCAAAUUCAAGAUAAGAAACUUCUCUAUAUCAUUCAGCAAACAACUAAAACACUCCACUCAGCUAGUGGAGAACGAACUGUUAAGGGAAAUUUAUCUAUGCUGCAACAAACCCACUAUCUCUGAUUCUGACAAAAGGAAACUACUUAACUUGCAAACUAAACUUGAUGACUUCUACACCAAAAGCGCCAAAGGGGCUUAUAUCAGAUCAAGAGCUAAAUGGAUAGAGGAAGGGGAGAGGAACUCUGCUUAUUUUUGCAGGUUAGAAAGGGCAUGACAAGAAAAAAAACAAUUUAGAAACAUUAAUAAAUUGCACUGAAUGUUCUGACCCCAAAACUAUAGCAAAAGAGGUCUUCACCUUCUUUAACUCAUUAUACUCAAGCAAUUUUUCACCAGAGGCAGCCGACACUUUGACAAAAUAAAAGAAUACAUCCCACUUAUCUCGGAAGAUUUCAAAUUAAGUUGCGAUGCACCUCUAUCACGUGAAGAAUUAGAAAAGGCUAUGCAAUGUUUAAUACCAGACCGUUCACCAGGUUCAGACGGCCUCACAGCAAACUUCUACAAACACUUCUGGGAGGAUAUCAAACACAUUGUUUUAUACUCUGAAUGAAGUUAUUGUUAACUUGUCACUCCCACACACCAUGAAACAAGGUGUAAUAGUACUUAUUCCCAAACCUGGUAAAGAUGGAAAAUACCUUGAAAACUGGCGACCAAUUACCCUGCUUAACAACGACUAUAAAUUAUUAACACAUCUCGAACAGACUAAAAAAUGGUCUUCACCAAAUAAUCAGUGAAACACAAUCGGGGUUUAUGAAAGGCAGACCAAUACACAACAAUGUACGUCUAGUAUUAGACCUACUAGAAUAUAACAACUACCUACAGGAUGAUGGUUUUAUUCUCUUCCUUGAUUUCUAUAAAGCAUUUGACACAGUCGAACACUCAUUUUUCAGGCUCUUAAAAGAUGUGGGUUUGGAGAUUUUUUCAGGAACAUAAUCAGAUGCAUCUACCAUGACACUAACAGUUCUGUUUCUCUUUCAAAAGGUACAUCCCCCCGUUUCGCUAUCAGAAGAGGUAUAAAACAAGGGUGCCCCAUCUCACCUUAUCUGUUCCUAAUUGCAGCAGAAAUGCUUUCCAUCCUAAUUAAAAACUCAGAAAUUGAA